UAUGUUAUGGAGUGAAUUUUAAUAGUGUAGCCGAAUAGUCGGGUCUGGACUUCAUUCCCCAAAUUUUCUUUUUAUUGCAACUUGGAUUCCGAAUAUAUAUCGCGUUUUGUUGCUUUUGUUUAUAAAAUUUUGUACAGUAAAUCGUAAAACAUUAUAGUUAACAAACUAGGUGGCAACAGCUAGAAUUUAACUCUUUGUUUUUCACUCUGAACAUUUUCAAAAUUGAACAAAACAAAAGAAAAAACUAUGGUGGGUGGAGGUGGAAAAGAUAGUGAAUCUGUCGAAGCAAUUGGAUUGGAGCAUUCUUUUGUGUUGUCUCCAACAAUGAGUUCAAUACCUGGUUUGCUGACUUUAUGCCCAUCUAGGGCUGAAUUAUUGGUAGCCCGGGAACCACUCCACCAGCUGUAUACAGUGGAAAAGCAGCCUUUCGCAAGGGGCAAGUUUGCUGCGGUGAAGCGAUGUCGAAACGUUUUGAACGGAGAACAAUUUGCUGCCAAACUGAUACGCAAAAGACGUCGAGGUGGCGGUCCGACACCCGAAUCGUUGCAUGAAGCAGCAGUCUUGGACUUGUGUCGAUCGUGUCCGCACAUUGUUCAGUUGGUACAAUUGUACGACACACCUUUGGAAACCAUCCUCAUUUUGCAACUAGCUACUGGUGGGGAGCUGCAAAGUGUGCUAGAUCGCGAUGAAAUACCGGAAGAAAAACACGUUGUCCGUCUUCUACGUCAAGUUUUGGGGGGUUUGUUAUUCCUCCAUAACUUUGACAUAGCACACUUAGAUUUGAAGCCUCAAAAUUUACUAUUAACGGGACCAUUCCCUGAGUGUGACAUUAAACUGUGUGACUUCGGUAUAGCAAGGCAUAUCGCUCGUGGGGCGGAUAUGCGCGAAAUUCUAGGGACUCCAGACUAUGUCGCGCCGGAAAUAUUGAACUAUGAACCCAUCAGCCUAGCAACAGAUAUGUGGUCGGUCGGUGUUCUAGCAUAUGUAUUGCUCACCGGUUGUACGCCGUUUGGAGGAGAGACCAAACAGGAAACUUUCUGUAAUAUCACUCGCUGCCAACUGGAAUUUCCUGACGAACUCUUCCAGGAUGUUUCACCUACAGCCAUCGAAUUCAUUUCCAACCUGCUUACCCACGAUCCCAGUACUCGACUGACUGCCCAAUGUUGCCUUCAUCACUCGUGGUUAAAUAUCGGCCCCUCCACCGAUAAAAUCCCGUCCUUCCUGCCGUCUGAAGAUUCUUCCACACUCUCUUGCAAUAACAUUCCGGUUCCCGAUGACGAGGAUCUCGAAGAUCGUCAGACGCGUGCGGAUAGCGCGUACCACAACACGUUUGAUAAAUUAUUUGUUGGUGGUCAGACGGCUCCCAAAAUAGGAGUCGCUUGUGCUGCAAAUGCGGUGCCUUUGUCCACGGCCUCUUCAAAGCUAGUCGUUCUUCCUAAACGGAUUGGUACAGCACCCACCAAAAAUAGUUUAACGCCAUAUGCAUUUCUUCGUUUUUGACACGGCGUCUUACGAGAAUAUGGGGUGCCAUUUUUCGGUUUCCACUGUCCAUGAUUGCUUUAUGUUAUCAACAAAUUUUCCCUGCUAAUCUUAGUCGUUGUAACAGAUUAGGCAAUCGCCAUGUUAAUGUUAUGGCGGAUCGAUUUCUUCCACAAAGAUCGAUGGCCUUUUUUCCGAUAAGGCGCCGUGUUAAGCACGAUAAAUCAGGAGGAUGUUAAUGCUUCGGUGGAAUGAACAAACAAGCCCAACUUCUGCGCAGUAUAUGUGAACUUGGUUUUACCAGUUAUAUCGUUAGUCAACGCGAGAACUCAUUGUCGUUCGGCUUAGGAGCUCCGAUGAAUCAACGUGAAAUUUCUUAUGGGAAACUGUGUGAUUCAGGUUACGGCUUUGACGGAUUGAUCCAAAUGUUUUUCCUUAAUUCGCCUUGUGACCCUUACAACAUAAGGGACUCUUCGUCUCUUUGGAUUCCACGCUACCGUGUGCCACCAUUCUGACAUCUAUUACGGAUGAACUAUUCUGGUGUCGGAGCGUUUCCGUCUCGUCGUAACCGAAACGUGGGCUAGCCUACCUCCCCAUAUCUUCGUGAAGACAGCCAAUAUAGCUUUACUGUAGAAGUAAAUGUGCCAAACUAUCCAAUCCUGGGAAGAAGUCUACACAGGAAGUCAAAGCCUGUUGCUUUGGAGCGCCUCAAUGUUUUUUCUUUAAAUAUUAUGCCCGAGCUUUCAGAAUCAUUCUACAUUCAUCCUCUUCACUGCCAGUUCGGCCGGCAGUAAAGGUACCUGAGGUCCGGACUGCUGUUUAUAGACCCAAUCUGCACCAUAAAACCUUCGCCUUUGCUGACCAAAGCCCCUCAUGUUCAUUUCGAGAAAGCAGAGAUUGUCUGAUCUCGCGUAGUUAAGUUUCAGUUGAUUUCCAAACGUCCUACUGCCGCCCUUUUUUCCAUGUUACUUUGUGUUUGUGAUUUUAUGGUCUGAAUAGGCUAGAAAUCAACUCCAAAUUGAAACAGGACCUAUUUCAAAGUUAAGGUCUAUUUCGUAACCAUUGUUCUCUUUGUUUAAUUUUACAUUUAAUUACCACCUCAUGUAUACCAUCAUAGAUAGCCCCUUUUCAACGCAGAAGGGAAAUGUUUAACUAGUCAGUUUGGCACUAGAGGCAUUCACGCGUUAUCGCACACGUUCCCAUAAUAUUUUAAGAGAACACUUCCUUAAUUUCCGAUUGUGUAUUAUUCUCCUUCCGUUUAGGUUCUAGCAAACAUUUUUAAUAUAAUAAUUCCAUCGCAAUUCCUGUUAACGCUUCAUAUGUCAGCGACUGAAAUCCAUGUAAGCAUUGGGUUACUUUGUUCGACAUUGCAAAAUUUACUCAUUUGGCUUUCCCAAUUGUUUCCACGUAUUUGUGUGUCAGUCAAUCUCUGAAGUUUGUGCAAGAGACCAAGUCACCUAAUUUCAUUCUGAAUUGUAAAUAUUUUGUAAAAGGAAUGCCUUUUAAAAUGCCUAAGAUUAAAUUACAAUGUCUGAACAUUC